UAAUGGGUAGAAGUUGGGGUGAAGUUUCUUGCUUUUAUAGAUUUGAUUUUAAAAGCUGUAUGGCAGAUACCUAAUUUGGUUAUACUCCACAUUUGGUUAAUAAUAACCUAUGGUGAAAAUCUAGUUCAGUGACACCUGUUAUGGUCUUGUUCUAACAGCUGCUGCUACAAAUAUCAAAAAUGGUAAGAUGGUGCCACCAAGUGUCUGUUCAGAUAAGCCAGCUGAAAUUCUAACUUUAAACAAAUCUCUAAGAAAUUGCAUACCUGCUUUCCUGGAGCUGCUUAUAUGUGUUUAUUUGUCAUUGGCUGGCAAUUAUAUUACUAACCCAAGUAAUUAGUUCUAAAAUAUUUAACCUGCUACUGCAAAAUUUUUACUGGCCCCACAAUAAAAAAAAAAAAGCAUAAUGUAAAAGAAAAUGGGCCUAUGAAAUAAGACUAGUUAUUUUUUAUUGUUUUUGAUUGAUGUAACCUUAAUAAGGUUAUGACACUAAAAGCUAGAUUAACUCCCUUAAAUUUUAAAUAUUGUUAGACAUGUAAAGAUAAUUAAUACAACAGGAACAAAUAAUCAAAUUACAAGUAAUAGCACAAAUAAAUACAACAGAAUAAACAAAUGAAUUAAAUGGUGCUUUUCAGGUUUUUAUGUAGGCUUAAACAGGAGAUUUUCAGGUACAGACAUUGUAGUCUAAUGUAUAACUAUAUAACUAGAUUAAAUCAGUCAAGAGUAGUUACAGAUGCAUAAAUAAAGUUUUGAAAUGUUGAAAAUAUAAAACAUUAAAUAAUGUUAUUUGAAAUUAUUUAAAAAAUGAAAAGACACUUUAAAUGUGAAAUUAAACCCGCCAGUAGGUGGCAGCGAAUCCCUGUUAAUGAGCGAGUCAUUGAGAUUCAACCGAUUCAUUCAAAUGGUUGAUUCAUUCAGAAAGUGUUGCUCAGAGACGAAAAACAAUGCGGUGGACUUUGUUUGGAACUAUUUUCGUUGGCGAAAUAGAGCGAAACAGGCGAUUUGGUGUCUAAAAUGUAAGUCAAUUAAUAUAAACUGCUUGUUUAUUAAACUGUAGCUACGUUGUAUAAAAUAAGUAUCAUAUUUGUAAUCAUGCUGAUAUUUGGAGAAAAAUGGCGCUCUUCAUGUAAUAUUAUAAUAAAUAUAUUAUCGUGUAAUAUAAUAUAUUAACUAUAUUAAAUUAUAUACAUAUAAAAUACAUACACUCUAAAUAUGGCACCUACUACGUCACGUAGUGUAUGCCUGCAUGGCGUGCACUCAAUGUGUGUGGUUUUUUUGUUUUGUUUUUUUUGUAAAGUGGGGAACAUACUCGAUUAUGUCAGAUUGUUAAAUCAACAAUUACGAUAUCAUAGACUAUAUAUAACGCACACCCCUACAACAGUGGCCCGAUCGGGCAAGUGAUAGUUCUGUCAACUCUCCCGAGCAUCGUUCACACUGGCCCCGGGCCAUCGGGCAGUCCUUAUUGUCGAGCCCAGUAGUGUUUUUGUAAAUAUAUUUUGAGUAGAGUAAAAUGUUCGCAAACCAGCUUGAAGCAAUUAGUUUUUUUUAUUGUCUUAUUCGAGACAUUUGAUUUGUACACUAUAAAUCGUUAAAAUCUAUUAUUCCAAAUUGUUAUUUCACAUAUGGAUAUCGCAAUAGGCCUAUAUAGAAUUAUUUCUAAAAAUAAAACCUUAUUUAUAUAUAGUAACGACUGGAAAGGUCAUGGAAAUUAUUAGGCGCGUCAAAACACACAGCAUCCUUGUACAUAAGACUACGAGAGCUAAUGAAAAAUCAUCACUUUACAAAAAGGUUAAAUUCCAUAACAUUACUUAAUAAAAUUAUUUUCCAUAUUAUGCAUUUAUUCACUGCAUUUAUUAAUCUAGGUUAAUUUAUUAUUCAUUAAUCAUUUAUAAUUAAUUUAUAUUCCUUAUUCAUGAUAGGCCUAAUAGCAUAAUGUUAAUUUGUACAACUUAAAAUGUUGAAAUGUAAUGGUAUAAAUUGAAUGAACACAAUGAAUAUAUACCUAGAUGAAUAUGCUGUAAAAGUAUAUAAUCCUUAUAAUUUAUACCUGUAACAAAUAAUGUUGACGACAGUUGCCACCAUUAAAACUAUUAUGGAUAUCCGCUGAGUAAGUUAGUUGUAGUCAUAAAGCUCCUUUGAGACGUCCUUAAAAACAGCGUAACCCCUUAUUUACUGCUCGUAUCAGUUAAAUCAAUGAUAGGAAUGUUGACAAAAUAAAGAAAAAUUUCCGGAACACAAGGAAGAGAAUAGAAAUCAAAAGUUUUUGACGAAAUAUUUAGGGGGAAGAACUGGUUGCACCGCCGUAAGCGCAGAGCAGUUGACAGCUGCUUCGAGCCUGUCAAUGACACAAGAACAUGGCUCAGACGUGGGGUAGCUUUUUCUUCUCUCUACUCGAUUACAAGACUGAGAAAUUUGUCAUCGCUAAAAACAAAAAGGUCGGAGUUCUGUUCAGACUCUUUCAGCUGGGAGUGAUUGGAUAUCUGAUCGGCUGGGUUUUUAUUUGGAAGAAAGGAUAUCAGGAGACUGAGGAAGCCAUCCAGAGUUCUGUGAUCACCAAACUCAAGGGUAUAGAUUUCACCAACAGCUCUCAGUUUGGUCUGCAGCUAUGGGGUGCAGAGGACUAUGUCAUCCCUCCACAAGGGGACAGGGUCUUCUUUAUUGUGACAAAUUACCUAGUGACACCAAACCAAAGACUGGGUUUCUGCCCUGAGAGUCCUAAAGUGCCAGAUGGUUUUUGUACUAAUGACAAUGAAUGUGUGAAAGGGGAAACUGUUAUAGCAGGCCAUGGAGUGAAGACAGGCCUCUGUCUAAACGACACAGGAACCUGUGAGAUUCAUGGCUGGUGCCCUGUUGAGCAUGGCCAUACACCAUCGGAGCCCAUGCUGGCAAAGGCAGAAAACUUCACAGUCUAUGUAAAGAACUUCAUCAAGUUUCCAAAAUUUGCCUUCUCCAAAUCCAACGUCCUGCCUACCACCAACAGCACAUAUCUCAAAACAUGCAGAUAUGACAAAGAACAUCAUCCCUAUUGUCCCAUCUUUCUUGUGGGAGAUGUGAUUAACCGCACUGGAUACAAUUUCCAGGACAUGGCAACGAAGGGUGGUUCAAUUGCAGUAGGAAUCGAGUGGAAUUGUGAUUUGGAUAAAGAUGAAUCUCAGUGUAACCCUGAAUAUAGUUUCACACGCUUGGAUUCCUCUGAAAAUCCACAGCGCUCUGUCACCUCUGGUUACAACUUCAGAUUUGCUCGAUACUACAAUGAUGCAGCAGGUCAAACCUAUCGGAAUCUAUUUAAAGUGUAUGGCAUUCGCUUUGAUAUAUUAGUGAGUGGAAAGGCUGGUAAAUUCAGUAUCAUUCCUACAGUGAUCAAUAUUGGUUCUGGACUUGCUUUAAUGGGUGCUGGGGUUUUUGCCUGUGACAUGAUUCUGCUCUAUAUGAUGAGCAAAAGCUCCUUCUACAGAGAGACAAAAUUUGAGGCAAUCACAAAGAAACAACCUAAGCACAGAGAGAGAAAGCAUGCAAGACACCACAGUCAUCAUCACCAAGAUGGGCGACACAAGAGGGAGGAGAAACAGGCAAUAGAGAUGCAGCCAUUGACAUCAGUGUCAUCUCAGCCCAAUAACAACCCAGAGAAACAGAUCCAGCCCACAGGCUCAGCGCUCAAAACCCACAGUCCUGAGAGAAAGCCACAGGGUACAGUGACAUUCAGGACUCAGCAUGCUAUGGAAAAACAGACCAUUUCUCCUGUUUCAACCUUGAGAACACCACGCAACCAGUAGAGGAUUUUUCUGACACUGAAUCCCAUUGGAUUUACUGUGGAUGUAUGAAGGGAGUUGUUAUAGCGGGUCUAUGCUCAGUCAUACCAAAGAGGAAUAGUGCCAGUGUUGUUUAUGCUCUCCUACACUCUUAAGAAAUGUUUCUCAAAAGUACCAAAUUUGGGUUCUUCAGACAGAACAGAGCUGGUCGUUUUGUUAAACUACAAAGAGAAAAAGCCAUGAUUGGUAGGAAACCAGUUCCAAAUUGAGAGUUAAAAUUUAUAGACAUUUUAAGAAAGAAAUCAUGCGUAAUUGAAUGGCUGAGCUUCAGAAAACCAGUAAGAUGGCUUCGACAGUUACAGAUUUGAAAAACAAAAAGGCGUGAAUAAAGAACCCUAAACUCUAACACAAAGAACCAUUUCAGCAAAUAAGGGGAUCUUCAGGACAAUACGGUUCUAAACAGAACUGUUACUACGUGUAAAGAACCUUCAAAGAUCCAUCUUUUUUUAGAGUUUAGUGUUUAAAUGCCAAUGGAUGUUUUUGUUACAAAGGAUUUAUAAUAAGCUAAAAUAUUUAUUGUAAAUCUGACCUGACACCAAAAAACUGUCAAACCAACAUUGAAUAAAUGUUGAACUAUU